AUGGAGCACGCUGAGACCCACGAGCAACGCGUGGUGCUGAUGCUGCUGAUGCGGCGGCAAAUGCCGCAGCAUCCUGGGGUCUCCUCCUCCUCCCAUCAGGGGGCCACUAAAUGUUUCUGUAUAACGGUCUGCGUCAGAGAGGAGGUGUCCUCCAGCCGUCUGGCAGACGAUGGAACAGAAGCCGCACGUGGAGUGGGCGGUUCCCCAAACAUGCUCUUCACGUGGCUCAAGCGCGUUGUGUUCUGA